AUCUGAACGAGUACUCCACUGAGAGAGAGGGCGGAGAGGGGGGAAGAGAGGAGCCGAGAAUGGAAGCGGUUGGAGGCGAAGAGGAAUUAGGGUUAGGGUUUCCGUUCUGGGUCCCAGCUCGCCGGACAUUCAAGCCCGGCGAUCCCUUCUUCGCCGCGGGGGACAUCGAACGCGAGCUCAUCGCGAAGCAGGUUGCACUAGAUUUAACUGAAGAUGAACGGUAUCAGCUUCAGAAAAUGGAGGGUGGAGGCAUCACCAAUUUAUUGUGCCCUAUUGUUGGCUGUGGUGCUCGGUUAAAUUGUCUAGAGGACUUUGAGGAUCAUUACCAUGCUCGGCACACUGCUUCGUGUUCAGUCUGCUCAAGGGUUUACCCAACAUCACGAUUACUUAGCGUACAUAUCUCUGAAGCACAUGAUUCCUUCUUUGAAGCAAAGGUUGCACGUGGUUUUCCAAUGUAUGAGUGUUUGGUGGAAGGCUGUGGAGUGAAGCUGAAGAGCUAUAAAAGCCGACAACAGCACCUUGUAGACAAACACAAGUUUCCUCGUUCAUUUGAAUUCUACAGAAAGGCACAUUCAUGCAAGCACCAGCGCCAAAAAUAUCAACGUUGGCAAUCUGCCUAUAGGGGGGAGGAAACUAUGGAGACACAUAUGGAUGUUGAUAGGAAAACUUUGAAGCAACCAUGCCAGAAAUAUCAACCCAAGCAAGUUGGUCCUGAGGAGACAAAGGAAACAGAUAUGGAAGUUGAAGAGAAGAUAGAUGAUCUUGUUUCGGCUGUAUCCAAGCUAAGCACAUCAGACUCUACUCCUUCAUGCAUAAGCUUUGGUCACCGCCGUGCCCGUGGCUUUGCCUUUGUCCCUCGGUCAAUUCAACAGAACAGAAAGCAGCAAUCAGAUGCCAAGAGAUAGCAAUUACGUAAUCUUCCUCUGCAGCGGCAACGGGAAGAUGGACUGCUUCAAGGCACCUUUUGCUGCAUCAAAUGACACAAUUCCUUCUGGGACUCGAUGUAUAAAGCAGAAUGUGCUACCACUGGACAAACUUUGCGUUAGGUUUUACAUUGGAAAUUAUCAUGCUUUGUGGUAUGUCCAAUUCUCUGAAGUCUGGGUUGAAACAUAGACCUCACAAGUCAUAAUACGCAUCAAAUCCUGCCCACAAAACCUCAUGCUACAUUUAAAGGACAGUCUUCCAUCUCAGGAUUAUACCUGAAAACAAAAAUGGCUGACAAGGUCAAGCCUGAGAUUAGAGGUAGUAAUCUGCAGAAGCCGGUGAGCAGGUUGCAGGCAUGAAGGCGUCUGUGGCCGACAUCGAGGACAUAAAUUCACCAGCUGAUGCCAUAGUUAUCAUAACAUGAAGAAGCACUAGAUUAUUGGAAAAUUCUUGCUAGGUCUGCUUCUUAGCUGAACUUAAAGCAGCAGGUGAUGUUGUUCGAUUCCCUUCUCUGUGAGAUCUCUGGACUGGGCAAGACCUGGUGCCCUAUGCCAUCUUGAGCUCCAUCUCCCGUUUGUCGUGUAACCAGAGAACUAUCCUCAGCAAAUUGCUGUACAGACAGAGUAACAUCUGUACAAAUGAAACCAGAAUAACAGAACAACUUAGUUUACGUAGACCUUCAUAUUGUCACAGAAUAGGAUUUGAUGUGGUAUAAUUCACCAUUGAAAUGAGGAAUAUUGACUUGAGCGCCCGGGCGAAGGCAAUCUGAUCUCUUAAAAUUGUAAUUCAGGUGCUAGUGGGUCCUUCGCAGUCCCUGAUGCUUUUACAUUAAUCAUACUUGGCUAUUCCAUUCAA